AUGAAAGGGCGGCAUCCGGCCACGGCAAGGGACAAGGUGCCGGGCUUGCGGCCAAAUUGGGCAUUGGGCCAAGGAGUGUCGGCGCGGGCAGGGUUCGGCUGGUGGCUCUUCUUCGGCACCGGCAUCUUCUACAAGGACGAGCUUCUUUUGGCCUCAGAAGAAGGACCGGACCGCACGACCGUUCCGAGUGAAACAAGCACUUCGUCCUUUGUUGGGGUUACGGUUGCGGGUUGCCAGGGCAUUGUUGACACGGCGGCUCAGGAAGGGCUUAUUGGAAGGGCUUCUCUACUACGUCUUCUAGAGGAGCUCCGGAAGUACGGCUUGAAGGGCCAUUGGAGCGGCAAGGAGUCGGAGGCGAGAGGCAUAGGGGGCCGGGCCAACACCAUUGGCGUUUGUGAAGUACCCGUGGCGCUUGCCGGUGUACCAGGCAUACUAGAGCUCACGGUUGUUGCCGAGGAGGUCCCCCUCUUGAUUCCAGUAAAUCUUCUUCAUGCCUUGAAAGCCUCGGUCGACUUGGGAAACUCGUGCCUUUAUCUUCCCGAAGUGCAAGCUAGCUGUCCCAUAGAGUUCCUCCCGUCUGGUCAUCCCACCGUCUGCGUCACCGACUUUGGUCAGGGAUGGCAUCUACCGGAAGUGUGCCAGAGUUUCAGGGCUGACAGCAUGUACCGCACGGAGCCUAGGGCCAGGAGCGUGAACUUUGACUCCCGAAGCUCUGGCUCUUCUACAGCUUGGCUGGCUUCUGGAGGAGGCCGCCCCAAUGCUUCAAAGCCGUUGUGCGGCCAGUUCGCGACCGCGCUCGCGCAUGCCGAAAUUGGCGGGCCGUUGUGGACAAGCUUCAUUGUGUGCUGCAGCGGGCGCACUGGCAGGAGGUGGUCUCGGCUUGGCUUCCGCUUCCCGAACUUCGAGCUGGGACCCGUCCACGGCGGCCUCCAGCGCAGCGGCGGCUCCUACUACGAGGCUUGCCGCCACGGACAAGGGCAGCGCCUACAAGAAGUACCUCGAGGAGCGGAAUCCCGAGGCCAUUGUCUCCUCCGGUCGAGCCUGAAGGAAGGCUGUCUUGACGUCACCGGCUCCUUGAUUGGCAUGCGGUGGGUCCUGACCUUCAAAGCGGCAGAGCCCGACGCCGAAGGAAAUGAUCAGGUGAAAGCUAAGGCUCGGAUCGUGGUGCUUGGAUAUAGUGCGCCGAGUCUGCUGGAGGAGCCCACCACCUCUCCGACAAUGAGCAGAUUGACCCGGCAGCUCUUACUCAACAUGGCGAGUGCAAUGAAAUGGCCAAUCGGAUCCGGUGACGUCAAGACAGCCUUCCUUCAGGCUCGACCGGAGGAGCGAUCCCAACGAUUGCUGGCCAAACCGCUGCCGGAGCUGGCCGAAGCCUUGGGACUUGGUCCCAAUGAGGCGGUGGAGCUGACGGGUUCGGCGUACGGACUAGCUCAGGCUCCACGAGAAUGGUUUCUUGACAUCCAGAAGACUUUGAAGAAACUGGGAGCACGGGCCAGUCGUACUGACCCUUGCUUAUGGCGAGUCUUCGAUGCGAACGGCAAGAUCUGUGGCCUUAUCGGCUCCUACGUCGACGACUUCCUCUUUACUGGAAACCCGAACUCGCCUACCUGGAUCCGGUUCUUGAAGAGCUUCGAGGAGGCCUACACUUGGUCACCUUGGGAGUGGGGGAGCUUCGACUUUUGCGGUUUGCGGCUCACCCAGCAUGGAGACUGUUCCAUCACGGUGGACCACUCGGCCUUCUGUCGUGACCUCACUCAGAUGCCGGAUGUAAAGGGCCCUUCGAGAACGAUGACAGAUGGUGAGCUGAGUCAGGCAAGAGCUGUCUUGGGCAGCGUACAGUGGCGUGUGACCCAGUCGGGGCCACAACAUGCGGCCAAAUUGGGCCACCUACAGAGCCUGCUCAGCACAAAGGACACCGCGUGCAUCAGCCAGAUCAACAAGCUGGUGCGUGAAGUACAGAGUGCUCGACACCUGGGGACCCACGUUCAGAACCUCGGGGACUGCUCGGCGGAAGACCUUAUCUUCGUUGGUUGGAGUGAUGCUUCGCUGGCCAACCGGCCGGACCUCUCUUCAACAGGCGGCUUCUUGAUAGGUCUGAUGACCCCGACCGAUGUCUUAGCUGGACAAGGAAAGGUCAAUUUGGUGUCAUGGAGGUCUCAGAAGCUUCCUCGGGUGGCUCGGAGUUCUUUGGCAGCAGAGAGCCAAGCCCUCUCCCUGGCAGAGCAAGAGAUGAUGUGGUGUCGAUUGACCUGGCGGGAGAUGUUGGGAGACGAUAUCAACCUCGCCAGUCCUGCCGAGUUUACUUCAAAGACCAAGGCUUACCUCAUCAUCGAUGCUCGUGGCGUUUAUGAUGCCUUGCUGAAGGGAGCUGAUUUCUCUUCUGGCUUCAACCUGCGGGACAAGUACUCGGCCCUCGACCUCAUGGGCGUCUCCGACCAGUUGAAGGCGCAGGGGACCCUUCUUGAGUGGUGUGACAGUGACCACCAGCUUGCUGACGGACUUACCAAGAGUAGCAAACAAGACUCACUUCGCAAGUUUCUCACUCAAGGAACGUGGAGGCUGAGGCUUCCUGGUGCCUUUAUGUCUGCGCGACGCAGACGGGCGCUGGAGAACGAGCAAGCAACCGUCACUUCUUGA